AUGGAGAACCGACUCCCACUCUUGCUGCCAUCUCCCUCGACCGUCAUCAUCCACAGCGGCAGGAAUAAUGACAAGCUCUCACUUGUUCGCCAAAAACGUCGACAGGUAGCCUCUGCCUGUGCCAAUUGUCGCAAGCGCAAAGAAAAGUGUGAUGACAAGAGGCCGACAUGCGGCGCCUGUGCCCGCAGAGGAGUCACUUGUAACAAUGACAUCAAGGAGGACGAGUCGGCCAGUACUGUGGCCUUGAGGCAUCGCAACACGUCUCUUAGACAGGAGAACGAGCAGUUGCGUGAGCUUUUCAAGCUGCUGCAUAAGCUGCCGACCGAGGAAGGACAGGAAGUCAUUUCGAGAUUAAAGGUUGCCGAUGACCCUAUACAAGUGUUGCGGUCUGUCCAGGAGGCCAGCCUGCUGAUCAACAACCCUAAUUCAUCCUCUUAUUCCGCUCUGUUGGACUCGAGACUGGAAAGGUUGGACCUCCUUGCGUUGCGGGAAGGCGCCAUUCGGGUUGAUGCAAAGCCGUGGACCGCAGUGGCCGGCGAUGGCAUAGUGUCGGAGCUCAUCUCAUCGUUUUUCAACUGGGACGAUGCUUUUUACUUGCCGUUUCUUGACAGGGAGGCGUUUCUGGAAGAGAUGAGGGCGGGAAAUGUUGCGGCGGCCAAGUAUUGCACGCCGUUCCUUGUCAAUGCCAUAUGUGCAGACAGAUUGCUAACUGUUUCUUCGGCGCUGCAGUAUACUUGUCGGCGAACUAGAGCGUUCAGCGGUAUCAGCAAGAAGGAUUUAGCUGACGAGUUCUUCAACGAAGCGAAGAAGUUGCUCCAUCUUGAGAAUGGCCGGGUCUCUAUCCCGACGGUCCAGGGUCUUACGUUACUCUUCUCCAUAGCUUGUUAUCGAGGCACUGAUAAACUUGGUGGUUUAUAUCGUAUUUCUGCAUAUGAUAUGUUUCACCAACUCAAUGUCGAUGCCAUGUAUGCGAGAGUAAAAGACGAUCCUCUAGCCGCCCGUGAGAGACGCGUCCUGUCCCGGCUAGCAUGGGGUCUUUUUCUGUUUGAGAGGUUUGUCUUAGCUCUGACGCCUGCCAUUUCUUCACUUGUGCUACCUCGACUUGACGGGCUAACCAUCCAAAGCAUCGUUGGAUACAUGUAUUUGCAGCAGUCGUUGAUCCCACCGCCUCAAAUCCCGCGGUGCUUCGAGCCACCACCCCCUGCAAAGGCUGGACCAGUACCCAACAUCGACCUCUUUGGUAACCCGCACACCAGUGAGAGUCGAUCGCCCCCAUUUGUCACCGGCGCAUUGUAUCUAGCUUGUGAUAUAACCGGUAUGCUCUACGAAUCAAUGGACUGGAAUUUCAGGUCAGAAAGCAUAUGGGGUACUGAGCAGGAUCUCGAGAGACGUAGAGAUAUGAUUGACGAGGUACGCCAGUGGAGAGCAAGAUUGCCUCCAAACUUGCGGGAUGAUACCAACUUUACCCCACAGACAUGCUAUCUUCGGGCAUACAUGAACGAGGUCCUCUUUAGUAUUCUUCGACCGCUUUCCCCCCAAACCGAGAUUGAGCCCGGCUGGACCGUCAAAGCCUUACAACUGAGCUUCUGCCAAAUCGACAUCGACAACAUGGACCGCUUCGUCAAAGUCUACACCCUCCGCGACUACGCAUGCAUCAACAUUGCCGGGACCUACAACUCCAUCCUCGUCCUGGUAUACCACCUGGCCGACCCUUCUGUGCACCAACUGUUUGCCAAAGCAGCCUAUCUCAUAGGGGAGACGGGCGGAGACUUCCCCAUGUGCCGGUAUAUUCUACAGGCCAUCAAGGCAAUUGCUUGGCAGGCAAAGACGUCGCUGCCGCAAAUGGCCAAGAGGUACUUUGAAAAUCUAGACGGUGCGAGAAACUCGUUUAGGGAUAUCAGUUUUGCGUUGCCCGAGGAAACCGGCAAGAGGAUGUUGGCCGGGGGGCCGCAGCCCAGGUUCAAGGGGGACGAUAUGGGCUCCUUGCUGUUUAAGUGGAGCGCCAUGUCUAUCGAGUAA